AUGGAAUCUGAGUUCGAAAAUCAAUUGAUCGAGGAAAGUGACCAUGAAGAAGAGGAAGAACAAGAACCAUUUGAUAUGCAAGAGGAAGAUAAUGAUCAAGAAAUUUCAGAAAAGCUCUCGCCCCCAAAGGUAAAUUCUGUUUUUGAUUCUGAAGUCGAGGUUUGUGAAUAUUAUAGACGAUAUGGACAACAAAAUGGGUUCGGAAUUACAAUAAGAAAUACUAGAAAAAUUGACGGAGUUAGCACAUACUUAACAGUGGCAUGUCAUAGAUACGGUGACUCUCAUCGGAAAGUAGUGGGUAGUUUAAAUCCAAAGCCCGUUGUAAAAUCAAAUUGUAAAGCUAGAUUGUGUGCUAAAAGAAUGGAAGAUGGUAAAUGGUGUGUGACUCGGUUUGAUAAUGAACACAAUCAUGAUUUGAGUCCAAGUAAAGCCCAUCGUUUUCGAUGCAAUAGAAAGUUAACAAAUCAUGCAAAAAGAAGUCUUAAUUUAUUUGAUGAAGCUGGUAUUCCUAUGAAUAAGAGUUAUAAUACUCUUGUGGUAGAACAUGGAGGUCACGAAAAUAUGUCUUUCAAUAAAAAAGAUUGUGAAAACUAUAUGAGGACAAUUAGAAGAUUGAGACUGGCAGAGGGUGAUGCUGUUGCCCUCCAAAAAUAUUUUAAUUAUGCACAGUCAGUAGAUUCCAAUUUCUAUUAUUCAAUAGACCUUGAUGAUGAAAAUAGGAUAAAAAAUCUAUUUUGGGCUGAUGCACGGUGUAGAGCAGCAUAUAAAGAGUUUGGAGAUGUUGUGACAUUUGAUACUACAUAUCUAACCAAUAGAUAUGAUAUGCCAUUCGCGCCUUUUGUAGGAGUUAAUCAUCAUGGCCAAUCUAUAUUAUUUGGAUGUGGCUUAAUAUCAAAUGAGGACACAAAAACAUUUGUAUGGUUGUUUGAAGCCUGGCUUAACUGCAUGUCUAGUAAUCCACCAAAUGCCAUAAUUACAGAUCAAGAUAGAGCAAUGCAAAAUGCGAUUGAGCAUGUUUUUCCUAAGGCACGUCAUCGCUGGUGUUUAUGGCAUAUUAUGAAGAAAAUUCCUGAAAAGUUAAAGGGGUACAGUGAGUAUGAGUCAAUAAAAUUUCAGCUCCAAAAUAUUGUGUAUGAUUAUAAAAAGAUAAGGGGAAAGUGA